CAACCAGUUUAAGUUUGACCCAGACGGACUUGGAGUUGACAAAGUGCAUUCAACUGAACGUUAACCGACUAAUUGCAGUCUCCAACUUGAAGGUUUGAAAUUGCGGCGUAGUCGGUCAUUUUCCUGAAACUGUCGGCCGGAGGUAUUAGUGUUGACUUCGUGUACAUGAUGCUUCGCAAAGAAGCGCUACAUGGGCAAGCUCCCCAAAGUUUUGACUCCUUGUAUUUUAGAGGUCAUGGCCUCUCCAGAACCUAUUAACCAAGCGGCGCCUCAUAAUAUUGCCAUGUCGCGAACGCCAUCGUAUAUUCAACUUGCACCUCGCCGCGCGAUGGCGUCCUUUGAGAAUCUCGUCGCACUCGCAAACCACCAAGAGCGACUCCGGGAAGCUCGCAGGAUUGUCUGGAGGGAGCGCGGUGAGCCUGCUGUUGAGCUUGAAGACCUUUGGGAGUGUAUGGAGCACGCGGGGCGUGGAGGAUUACGAGCUGCAGCUAUCGCUUUUGCUCUACGUGCAAGCGUGAAUCUUGUGUUGGCCACAAUAAGAAUGGGAAGUGUGCCAAAAAACAUGAGGCUCUCACUCAUUCAACAUGCGAUCUUUGGAAAGGACUCAUUUAGAUUCGCAGCUAUGCUUGGCUCCUUCGUGACUGUUUACAAGGCAACACUCAAUGCCCUCCCCAUCCUCCUUCCUGUCAAUGAACGUGCAAGCCUACCCUCACCGUUUGAGGACGAAGAUGAAGAUAUCGAAGCCCCACCAACGCCUUUUGAGGUUCCCCUCUCAGCCAGACAGUCGCGCCUUUCCUUAAGUGCUCAAGCACAUCAAGUGUGGGCGCGUAAGAAGACACGACGAUGGCACUCUAUGUUUGCUGGCGCUUUAGCCGGUGGCCUCGCUGUUAUGUUUGAAAAACGAUCAAGAAGAGUGGUCAUCGCACAACAACUCUUCGUUCGAGGCCUACAAGGUUCAUAUAACGCUUUUACUUCGAAGCACGGUUUCCAUCUACCCAAUGGAGAAGUGCUCAUGUUUUGUCUUUGCUCUACACAAAUUGUGUACGCAUUAUUUGCACGACCAGAAACACUCCCGCGAUCAUAUACCGCAUGGCUUACAACUGCGUCGGGCGCUCCAUCAAACGCGAUCAAGAUAGUCCAAGACAUGAACAAGACCGGGGCGUUUGACGUACAGGACCUUAACAAGAUCCUUAGCCGCGAGGACCUUAUCCCUGCAAAUCAGGCCACCCUUCUCGCCAGUAGAGCACUGGCUGUUAAUUCGCCUCCUGACUUUGGCCCCUAUCCUCCCUGUGGCGCUGUGCACCCCUGGGUAGAAUCGUGCACACACGUGCCGCUACCGCGCUUUGUUACAGUAUUCAAAUGGGCCUUCCCAAUCUAUGGUGCUCUGCAUUUUGUCCCGAUGAUAUUGUUCAAGCGGCAUGCAUUCUUCGAGAACCCAUUGCACAAGCUUGGACGUGCAGGGUGGGCUACGAUACGGAGUUCUGCAUUUUUAGCAACGUUCAUUGCUUCGUUCCAGACGUGGGUCUGUUUCAAACAUUACCUCUACAGGAUGUUAUCCUCCCAAACUUUAGUCAAGCUCCCACAGAAAUUUAUCGACUUCUUUGUGUCAAAGUAUUCCUAUGGACUCGGUGGAUUGUUUGGUGCGCUUUCACUCUUUGUUGAGGAAAAGCGGAGGCGAGGGGAGCUCGCGAUGUAUGUUCUGCCGAAGGGCAUGGAAAGUGCCUGGUUGACGGCAAGAGGCAAGGGCUGGGUAUUCCACACUGGUCAAUUUGGGGAAAUGAUCCUCACUGCGAUCGGAAUGAGUAUGGUUAUGAGUAUUUAUCAGAACGACCCGCAGCAUCUGUCUGGACUUGUCAGGCGGAUAUUAUAUCAGUUUAUCGGCCCUAACUGAGCGAGGGCGGCAAGAUCGCAUAUCCUCUUGGCAGAAAUUGCUCAUUUUUUUGUGGACUGUUAUCCCAUCACUCGAUAGUCCUCGUUGUAAUAACGUGUACAGUGUGGAUACGCACCAGCCCUGACAGCGGCACGGACAGCAUUAAUUGUUGCCAUACUCCUUUGAGCUCGCGACGAUCAUAACUUUAUUGUUUGAUGAGAACGACACAUCAAGAUCGCAUUGACGAUAACUAAACUGGGGAGAUCGUG